AUGAGCGCUAUGAAUGUAAAUACACCAACAAAGAAAGUUACAAGAUCUAAAACAAAGCCAUCAGAAAAAGUUCCAGACGAUUUUUGUCGUGUCUGUAAGUGUUCGUUUCAGCUCAAAAAGAUUGCAUGGUUUAAAUUCAAUAAGGAGGAGAAUAUUGACGGUACAAACGUUUUGUUGGCUUCUUUAUGUAAAUCUGUCUGCGGUUUUAAUCCAAAAUACAACGACUGUCUGUCAAAUCGCGUUUGCAAAAGUUGUGGGAGGAAGAUACACAAUCUAGGCUUAUUUUGUAAGCAAUUAAAAGAAUCUAUAAACCAAGCACACGAGCAGUUUGGUAAUACUACAAAUUCGUCGCCUGGGAGCGAUCGCUAUAAACGUGAAUUACCAACUUCUGUAACACCCGAAAGAAGCCCUGCCCAUCGCAAGCAACAGAAAUCAGAACAGAAAGCGUCACGUCCGAAAUCCAACAUUCAAAGACGAACAUUGUCGUUCACUGACAAAGCGGGAAAGCAUUGCGAAGAUGAAGAAUUUAACUUGCUUAACAUCGAGGAAUUUAACGAUUCUCCCAAGACUGAAAUAAAGGUAUUACUUGUACGACCGUGCGGUGUAACUUUGAGAACUGUGCCAGACAGAGACAUAGCGAAUAUGGUUAAAAACCUAGUUCUUAAACGAUGGAAAGCAGUCGCAAACGCGAUCGUUAAGCAUGAGAAAAUAUUACUGGAACUGGCUCCUGUUGUAGGCCGAAAAGUAUCGGAAGAAUUCAAAAACCUUAGCAAAUCAGAUUCUGUGCUAAAAGGCACGGACCCUCGGCAGUUGGAAACAUUUUCUAAUAAACUCGUUUUAGAAGAAACUUCUUUGUAUCUCCCAAUCUGGAAUGCCUGCAUUCGCGGUGCAUGUGGAGUUAAAGUGAACGAGUCUCCCGGAAAGCCGGUUACCAACUCUAUCGUUCUUGCUACAUCGGUUGCCGCACGAGCAAGAAACAGGACAAUGUCUGCAAUUGCGUACCGUAUUUCUGUUGUUCUCUACCAUGGUGGGUUAAGCUAUCAGGCUAGUCUUCGUCUCUUUCACCUUGGUAUAUGCAUGCAUCCUGAAAGUGCUAUUGGUUUGCAGAAGAGAAUGGGAAAGGACCAUGACGCAAAAGUACUUACGUGGAAAAAGGAUUUGGAGACUGACAUUCUUCCUCUGAAAUUAAUGGAAGAAAUACGAGAGCGUCAAAUACCCUGUUUUCAAGCUGAUGAUAUGGUCAUCGAGAGAUCAGUUGAUUUGAGCGAAACUAGUGUUAACAACAAAACAUGUCCACGGUAUUUUGACGCAGAAGCGCUCAAACUCAUAACAAAUGUUUUAAACGCAGCCGAGUGCAAAUCUCAGACGCGAUUAAUUGGGGAACACUAUAGUGAAGAGGUAUUUGAAGAUGCUUUCAGUGAGAUAGCACGGACGAAAACGUCUCGGUACAAGUAA